UCUCACACCAUGGCCGCUUAUAAGUUUGUCAUCCUCAGCGCCCUGCUGGCCGCCGCCCACGCAGGAGGCCCUGCUGCCUACCAGACUUACUCCCCCUCCAUCAGCUACGACGGUUUCGUCGGCUCCAGCCACGAGAGCACAAUCAAGGGCUACCACGGCGACUCAGUGUCUCAGAUCUCCAAGUCUGUCGUGUCCCCUUACUCCUCUGUCAGCAAGUUCGUCUCCAAGAGCACCGGACCUAGCUACGCUUACGCUCCCACAGUCAGCUACGCCGCUCCCGCCGUCUCUUACGCCGCUCCCGCUGUGAGCUACGCCGCACCCACUUACGCCGCCCCCGCCUACGCUGCCUCCUACUACGGAGCUGGAUACGCCGCCCCUGUUGUCAAGACAGCUUAUGCCGCUCCCGCAGUCUCCUACGCCACUCCUGCCGUAUCUUACGCUGCCCCUGUUGUGAAGACCGUUGCCCCUGUCUCUUAUGCCGCCCCCACUUACGCUUCUGCUUACUACGGUAAGGCAUACGCCACCCCCGCUGUCUCUUAUGCCGCUCCCGCUGCCUACCACGCUCCUGCCGUCUCUUAUGCCGCUCCCGUCGUCAAGACUGUUGCUCCCACUCUCUCCUACGCCGCCCCCACCUACGCUUCCUCCUACUACGGUAAGGCAUAUGCCGCCCCCGCCGUAUCCUACGCCGCUCCCGCUGUCUCCUACGCCGCUCCCGUAGUCAAGACAGUCGCCCCUGUCUCCUACGCCGCCCCUGUGGCCUACGCCGCUCACGCUCCCGUUGUCAAGACCGUUGCUCCUGCUUACGGAUACUCUGCUGCCCCCUCAGUCGCCCAUGUCACCUACGGCUCUGCCCUCACCAGCUACGCCUGGUAAUUCUCCAAACACCUCAGCUAGUCUGUACCAUCUGUAGAGAUUUAUUUAGUUACCGACUAAAUGACUGAAUUUUUAUAUUUAUUACACAUUUGUUGUAGAAUGUAAAAUACAUUUCUUUACAGACCAAA